AUGGCAGAGGAGACUCCAGGCUCGCAACCUCCAAGACGGGCGACGGAAGGUCGAUGCAGCACGAGCCCCGCGGUGAUGGAAAUGAGCCCGUGUUUACAAGACCUGCUGCUGACGGAACAACAUCCGUGCGUGACGCUCCUCUUGGCGAAAGUGCAGAGUCCAUUGUCACAUCUUCGAGUGCGGACAAGGGCAGGCCAAGUCGAGCCGAGCCAUGCAAAAACAGCACUGGCCCUGAAUGUGCGCUAUCGGGGACGGACGUUGCCGAUUCCAGCCUGGCCAGACCACGGAGAAACAAGAAAAGUCCAAAGCUGCACAUGCCCAGCACCGACAGAACCAAGCCUGCGCGCACGGCUCCUGCUACCAGCAAGCCCGAACCAAGUUGGGACGGGGUGUGAAGUGGCAGGGAUGGGCCCAGAGCAGCAAAGUCCAACACUGGCAGAGCCAGGCCAGCUCUGGAGCAUCCUUGCAAAAACAGAGCCAGGCCUGAAUGUGAACUGUCAAGGGCUGAUGAUGCGGGCUCGAGACAUGCAACGCCUCUCAACAACAGCAACAAUUCGAGACUGGCCAUGCCAAGUGCAGACAAAAACGAGUCCAAACGAGAUGUGCCGGCGAUUGGCAACAGCGAGCCAGAGCAAGCAAGAUGCUGCAAAGACAGCGACGAACUGA